GUUCAGCAAGCGUCGAUGUCGUAGCAUUGGCUGCUGUGUAGAAAAACUCCGUAAGUGUUAUUUUAAUCUCUCGAAAAACGCAUUCAGUAUCGCGGGUUGAUUUGAGAGGUCAUCAACAUGGGUGAGCCCCAGCAGGUGAGCGCCCUGCCUCCCCCACCAAUGCAGUACAUAAAGGAAUACACAGAUGACAACAUCCGCAAAGGUCUGGCACCCAAGCCGCCACCACCUAUCAGAGACAGCUACAUGAUGUUUGGCAACCAGUUCCAAUGUGAUGACCUCAUUAUCCGGCCUCUGGAGAGCCAGGGAAUUGAGCGCCUUCAUCCUAUACAGUUCGACCACAAGCGGGAGCUUAAAAAACUCAACAUGUCCAUUCUGGUUAACUUCCUGGACCUGCUCGACAUCUUGAUCAAGAGUCCUGGCAGUUUAAAGCGUGAGGAAAAGCUUGAAGAUCUAAAGCUACUGUUUGUUCAUAUGCACCAUCUGAUAAAUGAAUACAGGCCACACCAAGCCAGGGAGACUUUAAGGGUGAUGAUGGAGGUGCAGAAGAGACAAAGGCUAGAAACAGCUGAAAGGUUUCAAAAACACUUGGAGAGGGUGGUGGAGAUGAUCCAAGGCUGCUUAGCCUCUCUACCAGAUGACUUACCUCAGAUGGAGGGUCCCAAUGGAGCUGGUGAUGGGACGAGGAGUGGAUCAGCAGCCAGUGGUGUUGGAGUCUCCUCUGGUCUAGGGUCAAGACUGAAAACAGAACCUAUGGAUUUGGAAGAGGCAGGGGCCAGCUGUAUGGCAGCAGGCCAGCAGGACAGGAGUAUGCCUGUCUCUUCAAUGGAGAAAGUAUGGGACAAAGAUGCUGCCAUGUGCAGUAUUAUUGAUGAAAUUGCUUAAGUUUUUUUUGUAUGUGUGUGUGUGCGUGCAUGUGUGUGUGUGUGUGUGUGUGUGUGUGUGUGUGUGUGUGUGUGUGUGCGUGCGUGCACAUAAGAUGUGGCUUUUUUGUGUGUAUCAACAUUGUACCUAGCCCAGUGAUCUUUUUUCCAUGUGUAUUCUUUGAAACAAAAAUCUUGAAAUCCUACCUUGAGUAAGACAAUGUUUCGAUGACCAUAUUGUAGUUAUUUUUCAAAUACAGCCAAUAUACCAGAAAGCUUUACAUUUAGAACUUUAGAUUUUAACAUUUAAAUUAUAACACUACCAGCUUUCAGGUUUUAGUAAUUAAUAAAGCAACUUCCAGUUGAUGAUUUGAUGGGAGCCUUGAAAUUUCUUAUAGUCAUUAGCUAUUGGGGAACCACAAUGAAAGUGUCCCACUUUUAUGUUGUCAGUCCACUAUGUUGAGCCACAAUGCUUCAGUUCUUUUCGUUACAGUGGGGAUUCACUGUACACUUCGGCUUAUCUAGCCGUGCAUUAUACAAGAAGAGGUUGGGGAUAAGGUGAGUUUGUAGGUCCUUGUUCUGCAGUGUAAUCCUACCUACCCCAAGCUUAUCCAUUUUGGGAAUUUAAAAGAAUGUAUAAGUGUUACAUGGAGUAAUGAAUCAAGUCAAAGUCCUGGUAUGUUCAAAACUUGGAUGGCAAAUAAAACUGAUACUGACUGAUUAGCAGUCUUGUGCGACUCUUAACACGUCUUGUAAGUGGUUCCUACAUGUUCGAGUGUUAAAAUGACAUACAUCAGGCUGUCUGCCAAGGCCAUCCUAUUCAAGUACAGUUGAUGUAGAGGCACACUGCACCAUAAAGACAUGCCGCAAGCUAAAUUCUGAUAUAACACAAAGAGAAAACUCCAUUAUACAUGGUAGUGUCAGAUUUUUCAUGUAUUUGAAUCAGUGCUGAAGCUUAAGCAGAAAUCCAUGCAAAUUUAAAAUGCCGAAAUAUCACCUAAUGUCACACUUGUGGUUUUGAGAAGUGUACUUUUGUUUAAAAUUUUACCACAGUUUAGAUGUGAACUCCUGUCUUGCUUCAAAGUCACAGAUGCAAUUACUUCAUUCAUAAAAGCCCUAAAAACCUUUUUUUUCUUUAAUUUUCCAGGCCUACCUUGAUCCAUAGAUGGUCUCUGAUUUGUAUACUGAUUUGCUGUACAGCGGAGUUAUCUCAGUCACCUGCUGCUAGAGCUGGACAAUAUAUUGAUAUCAAAUUGGUAUCAUUAUGAGACUAGACAUUGAUUGGGAUUUUAGUAACAUUGUGAUGUAACAACUUGAAUGUCAUUCCCUGCUUUUAAAGGCUACAUUACAGUAAAGUAAUACAAUUU